CAACAUUCCCUGUUCUUUAAUUCUUCUAGCAACUGAUUCUUUUUCUUAUCUUGCCUCCCGCCUCUUUUUCGUUAUUCCUGGCUUGGCUCCGCCCUCCCCAUCAGCCCUAAAUGGUUGUUUUCCUAGACCCCUGCCGACCCCAAAGUUAGUCAGUUCUUCUCUGACCUCCCCUCGUCAGUUUCUCGGGUAGUCCUCUCAUCCUACACUUCUUGGAUCGCUGAAAUCAGGAAGGAAGCUGCGCGACAGGUCUAGGAGCCCCUUACUGCAAGUGCUUUACCUCCCCAAAAUGAUGGUUGAUCUGGAAAUCACUUCUAAGGAGGUGACUUUUUCUCUUUUAGCUUUGGUGACAGUUUUUGUUUUCAUAAGAGCACUAAGAAACAGGAACAAAAAGCAGAUGUCUCCUCCAGGCCCAUGGACAUUCCCCAUCAUAGGGAAUCUUCUUCAACUCGGAGAUCAUCCUUAUCUUACAUUUAUGGAGAUGAGGAAGAAAUACGGUGAUGUAUUUCUUAUCAAACUGGGAAUGGCCCCUGUGGUUGUGGUGAAUGGUGCAGAAAUGGUGAAGAAAGGCUUGCUCAAAGAUGGAGAGAAUUUUGCUGGCAGACCCCACCUGCAUGCAUUUUCUUUCUUUGCUGAAGGCAAAAGUCUUUCAUUUUCAGUGAACUAUGGAGAGAGUUGGAAGAUCCAUAAGAAAAUUGCCAUAAAUGCCUUAAAGUCCUUUUCCAAAGCAGAAGCAAAAUCCUCCACCUGCUCUUGUAUUCUGGAGGAACAUGUCACUGAAGAAGCUUCUGAAUUGGGUCAAAAUUUUCAUGAGACUACUCAUCAAAGCAAGGCAGCUUUGACCCUAAGUUCCCUUACUUGUGCUGUUGCUAAUGUUGUCUGUGCGUUAUGCUUCGGCAAGAGGUAUGACCACUUUGAUGAGGUAAUUUCUCAGCAUUAUUAAAACGAAUGAAGAUUCCUAAAAGCCACCAGUGCAGCGAACCCAGCUGAUUUUCAUCCAUCAUGUUUUCGAUACCUUCCACUGCAUAUAAAUGCUCCCCGUGAAGUUUUAUUGUCAACUAAAAUCAGUUUUAUUGGACAGCAUGUAAAGACCAUAUUACCCACGUAUGAUAAGAAUCAUCUCAGAGAUAUCACUGAUGCUCUGGUUAGUAUAUGUCACGACAAAAGUUCCACAGCGAAAACUGCUACCUUAAGUGACAGUGAAAUCAUAAGUACUGUAAGUGACAUCUUUGGAGCUGGGUUUGAAACAGUUUCAGGAUUUCUAAAUUGGAGCUUCCUCUACCUGAUUUACUACCCAGAAGUACAAGCAAAAAUCCAUGAAGAAAUUGAUGGAAAUAUUGGCCUUAAACCUCCCAGAUUUGAAGACAGAAAGAAUUUACCCUACACAGAAGCUUUUAUUAAUGAAGUCCUCAGACAUUCCACAUUUAUUCCAUUUACUAUCCCUCACUGUACUACUACGGAUGCUACUCUCAAUGGAUAUUUCAUUCCUCGGAAAACCUGUGUGUUUUUUAAUAUGUAUCAAGUAAACCAUGAUGAAACUCUUUGGGACAAUCCUGACACAUUCCAACCUGAGAGAUUUCUAAAUGAAAAUGGCAAGCUGAAUAAAAGUGUGGUUGAGAAAGUUCUAAUUUUUGGAAUGGGCAUCAGGAAGUGCUUGGGAGAAGAUGUUGCUCGAAAUGAGGCUUUUGUCUUUAUUGUCAGUAUCCUGCAGCAGCUAGAAUUGAAGAAAUGUCCAGGAGCCCAGCUAGAUUUAACACCUACAUAUGGAUUAGUCAUGAAGACCAAACCUUAUCAACUCAGAGCAGAGCCUCAUUUCCUGGUGAAUUCCUCAAUUUAGUUUCUAAAUUGAGUUAAAAGAAUCUAUUAUAUAAUUCAGAAAAAAAAUCACCGAAUGCAAUAUACCCAGGUAAUUUGAAGAGGAAAUAAUUCAAUCCAGGAGCCUUGCUAUAAGUUCCAUUUAGGGUUCAUUAUCCCUUUUUGGGAAAUGAAGACAUAGUCAUAUACAUCAUUUAUAAAACUGUGCAAAUACAUCCUGACCCCAUGCCCAGAUGUGUGGUCUAAGUGAUAAGGAUUAAAGAAAGUCAGAAAAGGGAGAAAUCAGAAUAGGCCAGAAUAAUCCAAGAAGGUUUCAUCCACAUGGAAGGGACUUGAGUUGCUCUCAAGAGUAGGCAUCAGACAAACAUAGAAAAUGGGAAGAGGGUAUUUUUAAUUGAAGAAUAUUAGAAAUUAUUUCAAAUAAUAGAUUACAAGGAUUUUGUGAGGAUCAAAUGAUAUGUGUGUAAAAUAUCUUGCAAUAUUUAAAAAUUGUUAUUUUUAUCUUCAUUAUUAUUAUUAUCAUCACAUCAUUGCCAACAUCAUCAUUGCUUUUAUUCACUGAUUUAGAGAUCACAAUUCAUUGUAGUAAAAAUCACGUGCCUGGACCUCUACAUAGUCUAACUUCAGUAAUUCUCUGUGAUUAAAUGAGAUAAUGUACAAAA